AUGGCUACCGCUGUCCCUUCGUCGACAUUCGCGACGAGCACGUCUUCCUUCCGCGCGUCGCAAUCGCAAAUGGCGACGCCCAUAUCGUAUUCGGACAACCCUCUCACGCAGCUACCCGCCGUUGACUUCAACUUUGACGAUCUACGGAAGAGAAUGGCCGAUUUCACCGUCAAGUUUGACGCGUUCAUUGAACGAGGAAGAAAGAGGGUGCUAGAAGAGAGGAAUGAAUUUCGGGGGCGUCUGGGAGAGUUGACCGAGGAGCAGCGGUCAGCAAGCACACAGAUCGUAACGCUACAAUCCACCCUGUCAACACAGAGUCAAGUCCUCGCCCGUGAACAGGCAGAAAAGAACGAGAUGCACGCGCAGAUCGCCAAACUGGAGUCGCACCAAGCCGCUCAAUCGGCCCAGCGAGACCGCCUCAAAUCGGCCAUUGCACAAACGCAGCGACAGAUUGACGCGAAACUACAAGCUCAAAGAGAAUACGCUGCGAAGAUGGAGGGCCAGAGCCGACUUAAUGGGCCGGAGUUGAGUUUCUGGGAGACGUAUCUGGGCUGUCGAAUCGAAGGCAGUGGGGACGAGAACAAGGUCAGGAUCGUUUUCGUGUUUCCGCCAGCGAAAGGUGCUGGAAAGGGUGGUGAGGACAGGGAAGGGCUCUUUGAGUUGCUGGUCCCCGAUACCGGGCACGGGAAGUACGACGUGGUGUACACGAAGCCUAGAUUAGAGGGUACCAAAGUCGCCAAAGUGGUGGACCGGCUCAAUGCGACAAGGGAGAUUGGGACUCUGCUCAAAGGAAUGAGAGGGUUGUUUGGGGAGGCACUGAAAUGA